CUAGCUCGUCCUCCCCGGGCCUAUAUAAUCGCACGCUCGUCAUUGGCAUCAGCACGCAAUAAUCACAGUCCACAACGAACCAAGUGUGAUCUAGCCAGUCCCUGCAUCCUGCUGGGAGUAAUGACGACCAUGGUUGCCUUGAGCUCCUUCGCCGGCGCCACCGUCGUCGGCCGCCCCGCCUCCUGGUCUCCGGCACUGCCGCGUCGGCGCGCCCUCCUCGUCAGGGCCCAGACCGAGCCGGAUAUCGAGUCGACCAAGGAGACGACGAGCGCAUCGACAUCCUCCCCAACCCCAACCCCGACCCCAAGCCCGGUGGUGCCCAAGCCCAAGCCCAAGGCUAACCCCUCGGUCUGGGACGCGCUCGCGUUCAGCGGCCCAGCGCCCGAGCGCAUCAACGGCCGGCUCGCUAUGGUGGGCUUCGUGGCGGCGCUCUCCGUCGAGGCAGCGCGCGGCGGCGGGCUACUCGACCAGGCCGGCAGCGGCGCCGGGCUGGGAUGGUUCCUGACAACCGCUGCGGUGUUCUCGGUGGCGUCGCUGGUGCCGCUCCUUCAGGGCCAGAGCGUGGAGAGCAAGUCCAGCGGCGUAUGGAGCGCCGACGCCGAGCUAUGGAACGGCCGCUUCGCCAUGCUCGGCCUCGUCGCACUCGCCAUCACCGAGUUCAUCACCGGCACGCCUUUCGUCAACGUCUGAAACUAGUUAGUGUAGUGCAGUACGCUUGCACGUGCAUGUACAUAUUUGUUGGUCAUGCUGAGGAACUAGGACUACGGACCACGCGACAAGCGUGGUAAAAGCAAUCUCAAAUUGACAAAAAAAAACUAGGACUACGGACUCUGACAUUCUGUAAGCCGUAUCAUUAGGUUGUCUUUCUUGGUGAUGAUGUCUUGGAGCCUACAAUUAAUGCAGGAGUGAAUUGCGUCCAUGCUAAUACUCCCAUUCUACCAAGACGCUUGCGUAUUUUAAGAUUCAAUUUUGAUCA